AUGGCGAACCACAGGGCACAGGCACAGUUUGACCGGGCGCGGUGGAGGCUCGCGGUGCUGCUCCCGGUCUGGGCGUUGCAGGUGCUGCUGGCGACGUCCAUGAUGGGGCUGUUCUCCUGGCGUCUGGGAGAUACGAUCAAACAUUACGACGAGCGGGACCAGAAGGGCGAGACGCCGACGAUUGAGUUUGCCUGGGAGGCCACAAACAUCGCCAUGUCGUUCAUCGUCGCCCUUUGCACCUUUUUCGAGAUUGCCAAGUUUGUGAGCGAGUCCUUGACGCCCUGGACGAUGCUCUUUACGCACGUCAUCAAGUUGACGUGUGCGGCGGCCAUUCUUGCGCUCGACGUGGUGGUGUAUAUCCAGCGAAGCGACGCACACUACUCGCUUGUCGGCAUCGCCCUGGAUGCGGCCUUGAUCGUGACGGCCAUUGCGCUCGUCGUCUACGCAGUCUUCACGUACCGCCGGCUUUCUGCAUACGACGACUACGCACGACCAGUCAACGUCAAGGGGUACGGUUUCAACGACGGGCUCGACCGCGACUUUUCCUACUCGAGCCGGCUGAGCGUCGACAACGGCAAGCGCGGCUCCGUCACGUCGUCCCGCCUGAGCAUCGGCUCCAUCGGCGGGCCCUUCAGCACGAGCAACUACCGCGCAGCCAGCGGGAGCGAAGACGAGCCGGUGCACCUGCAGACGAUGGAGCGGACGCCGAGCUUCUACAGCCACCAGCGGGACACGCAGUUCGACGAGUACGUGGCGCGGCGCAGCUCGCAGGGCAACGGCACGCUCAAGGCCGACGUGGAGCGAGCGCUGAGCGCGGAGCUGGAGCGCGGCGGCGGCUCGCCCGACGCCAUGGUGGUGGGAUCGGGGGUCGUCAAGACGCGCUCGCGGGGGCCGAGCAUCGGGCGGGCGGUCAGCUACACGAGCGACCACGUCCUCGUCGCGGUGCCGGAGGAGGCCGAGGCGGAGCACCACCACGAGACGGACCGGGCGGCGCUGCUGGGGCGGGGCCGCCGGGACAGCGACCAGGACCACCGGAGCGCCGACCGGGAGACGGACGGGCCGGCGGUGCCGCAGGAGGUGGAUGUCGCGGAGCCGAAGUGGCGGAGGGAGUAG